AUGCCGCGUCACCCUCGUUCCCAAAACCCUCAAACCACACACCAGUUAGAGACACCACAACACCAGGCCCACCACCACGCUCCUCAACACCAAUUAGAGAAACCACAACACCAGGCCCACCACCACGCUCCUCAACACCAAUUAGAGACACCACAACACCAGGCCCACCACUACGCUCCUCAACACCAAUUAGAGACACCACACCAGGCCCAACACCACGCUCCUCAACACCAAUUAGAGACACCACAACACCAGGCCCACCACCACGCUCCUCAGCACCAAUUAGAGACACCACAACACCAGGCCCACCACCACGCUCCUCAACACCAAUUAGAGACACCACAACACCAGGCCCACCACCACGCUCCUCAACACCAAUUAGAGACACCACAACACCAGGCCCACCACCACGCUCCUCAACACCAAUUAGAGACACCACAACACCAGGCCCACCACCACGCUCCUCAGCACCAAUUAGAGACACCACAACACCAGGCCCACCACCACGCUCCUCAACACCAAUUAGAGACACCACAACACCAGGCCCACCACCACGCUCCUCAACACCAAUUAGAGACACCACAACACCAGGCCCACCACCACGCUCCUCAACACCAAUUAGAGACACCACAACACCAGGCCCACCACCACGCUCCUCAACACCAGUUAGAGACACCACAACACCAGGCCCACCACGCUCCUAAACACCAGUUAGAGACACCACAACACCAGGCCCACCACCACGCUCCUCAACACCAGUUAGAGACACCACAACACCAGGCCACCACCACGCUCCUCAACACCAGUUAG